CUCUCUCCGGCUGGGGACGUGGGAUGUUUUGAUGGGAAAAGGCUGCGUGUGAUGCACAGGGCUUUUCACCGUCUUGCGUUCCGACUGCAGUUCCCCUGGCCAACGCUCUGACAGGCGCUGGGCGAGCAGGAAGAGACGCCUGGAGAUUCAGGGAUGCUCAUAGCGGGUUAAUAAUACACAUCCUCCACAACUGGCCCACGUCAACUUCACUAUCGGCGCGAUUGCCCGUUUCCUUCGCGGACCCUGAGCAGAUCUGGCUGUACGAUCUCUGGUCUCAUACAUUUGAAGUGCCAAGUACAAGGACAGGAACACUUAAAAAGCCAUCAUGAAUUUCCUGAUGAAAGCAGCUUUGGGAGGAGGCCCCCCUGAUGUUGGCAAAAUGUUGGGAGGAGAUGAGGAUAAAGAUCCUGAAGCAGAAAAAGAGAAGGAAGAAGAGAGACAGGAAGCUCUGAGACAGGAAGAGGAUGAGAGGAAGGACAAACACGCCAAGAUGGAAGCAGAGCGGGAAGCCAUAAGACAGGGCAUCAGAGACAAGUAUGGCAUUAAGAAGCGCGAGGUGGCCGAAGCAGAGGCGCAGGCGGCGAUGGAGCAGGCGAGCGAAGGCAGUCUGACCCGUCCAAAGAAAGCAGUACCAUCCGGCUGCGGAGAUGACGAGGAGGAAGAAAACAUCAUGGACACGAUGAUGAAGUAUCUACCGGGCCCGCUGCAGGACAUGCUGAAGAAGUAAUUCCCUAAAUAAUCUCAAGCACACGCAGCUUUAGAUAUUAUUUUAACGUGUACUGACUUCGGCGAGAAGAGAGCACACUAGACAAAACACCGACUACAUUUACCUUUCACAUAUUUCAAUUCGCAAGGAGCUUUAGAUAUUAGUGACAGAUCAAUCAAUCAAGCAAGAGGGUUUAAUUAUCAGAAUAUAAGCCAUAUUUUAUCUUUACAGGGAAACCUGAAUCACAUCAUCUCUUCGGCAGUUAUUUCUUAUUCAAUACGUAAACAGCAAUAUAUAUGCAUGAAUUGUUCCGAGUGUCUAUUCCACUGUUUUGUAUCACCAAUCGAUAAGGUUUUCCACGUUCAUUUAGCGUUCAAUAUGAGGAAAAAGUACUUGGUUGAAGACAUUCUGGUCUUGCAUGUGUCCAUAGUGUUUGUGUGCUCACUGACAUCUUGUUUUUGUCGCUGCAGAGAUUGCAAUCAGAUAAAGGAGGCAAUAACAUUCUCCCACGCUGUAAGCUAAAUGACAACUACUUUGUACGUUUGUCACUACGCCAUUUAGUUCAUUCUGGCGAAUCUUGUCACACUUGCACUGUAGUUUCAUCAGUCUGGAACAUUUAAUGCCUCAAUUCAGUUUAACAGUGUUGUCGAGACUGCGUUCUUGCACCGUUUUUGUGCUUUACGACAGAUUCUGAAUUUACGAAGAUUUCUGAUUUUAAGAUUGAAACUCAGUUUCACAGGGACGCUCUUGUGUGUUUCGGUCUAGAGCAAGGGGGAAUUCUCGUCUGUGAUCUACAACAUUCUCAGCAAUAAUAACGUAUUCUGUUUGCUUGGCUUGCAGUAAAACGAAAUAAAAUCGUAAGAGUGUAUGAAUGGCUCUGAUGAUUUAAAAAAAAGUUAUAUGUCUGUCUUAAGAUCUGUUGGGUAUAUGGCAUUGUAAUAAACCAAU